AUGAGUAGCCCAUUAGCCGAGGCGGAGCCGCUCGUGCGGCGCGCGCUUGGCUUCGCAGAGUCGUUUGAGCCGGCGGGCGGCAGUGCCGACGGCGAGGCGGUGCGCGCGCUCUUGGCUUCGCUCGAGGAGGAGGCGGCGGCUCUCUGGCCGGCGGGGUGGCCGGCGGCGGCGCUGCACGAGGGGCUCGAGCGGUACGUGAUGGGGCUCCUCCUCCCAAAGGUCUUCGCCACCGGCGCAGACGCAGUCGAGGACAAGGCGCGAGUGCUCUCCGCGCAGCUCGACACCCUCGCCUUCAUCGGCGGCGCGCACGUCGGGAUCGACGAGUCGCAGGCGGUCGGCCCGGACUGGGAGGCGGCUCUCGGCGAGCUGGGCGGCAUCAACUCUCUCGCCGCGCCGGCCGACAAGAUGGGGGCGGUGGUGCGCGCGUGCGCGCGUCUGUCUGCCCUCGUCGCGCCCAGCGACGGCUCCUUCGUCCGGCUCCUCGCCCUCGCCAUCUUGCGCGCGCGGCCAGCUCGCCUCCACUCCAACCUCGAGUACGUCGCGCGCUUCGUCGACCCGCACCAGCUCUGGUCGCCGGAGGCGGGGGAGCCCUUCACGAUCGCGCGCGCCGCGGUGCAGUACCUCGCCCACCUCGACCCCGCGGCACUCUCGACGCCGUCGCACGGUCGCGGGUGA